AUGGCAUUUAGUGCACGGAAAAGCAGUAAGAAAACCCCCAAGAAAGUUCAUGACAAGAGUGAUAGUGCUACUGAUACCAAAGACAUGGCUGAAGCGGAUGGGAAAUUUGGCAAUGAUACAAAGUCAUCACAGAGUGAAGGAUAUUUUGAACGUAAGGAAAGUCUUCCGAGAAGAGUCGAAGAAGUUAUAAAAGAUGCCAAUAUCUCUAAGUUGUCUGACAAUUCUGGGAUCAUCCGCAAGCCGAAUGAUUAUAAGUUCCCUAUUAUCUAUUAUAAUGAUGGGAGUGACGAUAUUCUGGAGAGGCCUAAGUUCCUCUGGGGACUCCUUACCAAAGCCAUCAUCGGCAGAGAUAGAAAAGACCAAAUGUUUCAGCAGAUCAAGGAAAAACGACUUGAGUAUAAGAGGAAAAAUGAGCUUUUACUCAAAUUUCUCACUUCUAUGGGCAUUGUUAAUAAAAAAAGCGGUAGCAAAAGGAAGAGAAAUGAGAAUGCCAAAUAAUGAUUUACUAUCCAAAGGGAAGGAUUUCGGCUUGAGCCUUAGCAUAUUCGAUAAGACAUUUGCCUGGGAUUAUAUUGAUAAGGAUGAUGCUCUAAUAGAAAAGAAAGGGUCUAUCACAAGGCUAAAGACACUUCAAGAUAAUGAUGAGAAAACCAAGAGGAAAUACGAUUUUAGCAUGAAGAGUAAUGGUAGCUUAAGAAAGGAAAAGAAAACCAUGAAAGAUAUCAAAGAGGAAAGUUCUAAAGUUUACUGCAACAGGUUUGGCAAGGUUAGCAGCAUUCGAAGAAGAGGAGGCUUCAGAGGUGACUCAGAGUUUGACUCGAAUAAAAUGGUUCAUUUUGAAGAAAACUUAAGUGUGGAAGUCCAUCAUUCUGAGAGAAAAGCUAAGAAGAAGACAAGGCAGAUACACUAUGGUCGCUCACCUCAAGUCAAAAGAUCAAUGAAGAGUUUAUCAAGAGAAAGAAAAGGAGAUAGAUCAGUCUUCGUCAGAAAGCAAUAUUCGCAUAAAUAAAUUUGAAGUGGCAAAGAAAAUCUUAAUUGAGAAAUCAAUAAAAUAGACCAAAAAGUGCGCUGAAAACAAGAUUUGAACACAAGUCUAACCAGAAGAGGCUAAAAUUGAAUUCAAAGCUAUCGAACCGCCUUCCGAGUAAGAUUCAGAAGAUGUGUUCUAACUUAAGUAAGAACUUGAAGGCCAAGCUUGCUAUGAAGAAUAGCCUAAGUAAUAUUAAGAUUCUAAAGAAGAGACGCAGAGACUCUAGGAUGAGCAGUGGGCUCAAAGCUGAUAGCUCUCUUUCUGCAGAAAGAAUGGAGGAGACAAGAAGAGUCGUAGAUGAGAACAUAGCAAAAUGAGUUCAAUCCGUGAUGAAGAGCAACGAAUCCACGGCAUUUUACUUAGAAAAGUACAAAAAUAUCAACAAGAAGAUGCGUAACAAAGGGAGGGAGGCUCAUCUGAUUGAGGAAUAUCUUGACAGGCUGCUAUUCGCUAGGCCUCCUACAAAGUCUGAUCGUCCAGACCCAUAGGCUGGAUGUAAAACUCUCUAAAUGUUUCAAUGUG